AGGCGCAACCCCCCAAACACGGUCAACAUGAGUCGAACGCUGCCUGUCCGGCAGGCCGAGGAGCUGCACAAGUCCAUCAUUGCGUAUCUCUCGGCCAACAACCUCCAGAAUACCGCCUCGGUGCUCAGGGAGGAGCUGAGCCUCGGCGAAGACGUGUUCGAUGCGGCGACGACAAAGAAAUAUGAGACUCUACUAGAGAAGAAGUGGACGAGUAUUGUCCGGCUACAGAAAAAGAUUAUGGACCUCGAGACUCGAAACGCCGAGCUGCAGUCAGAGGUUGACAACGCGACCCCGUCGUCGCUCGCACAGAAGAACAAGGACCCCGUGUCCUGGCUCCCGAAAGCCCCCUCACGGCAUACCCUCGAAUCACACCGGGCGUCCGUCACCUGCGUCGCCUUCCACCCGAGAUUUACGUCCCUGGCCUCGGGCUCCGAGGACUGCACGAUCAAGGUAUGGGAUUGGGAACUUGGCGACCUGGAACAGACGAUCAAGGGACACACACGACCGGUGCUCGAUCUCGACUACGGCGGGCCAAAGACGGGCAUUCUUUUGGCUUCAUGCAGUUCCGACACAACGAUUAAGCUGUGGGAUCCAGCAGAUGGAUAUAAAAACAUACGAACGCUCUCCGGCCACGAACAUAGCGUCAGCGCGGUGCGAUUUAUCCCCUCUGGAGGUACCGGGUUUUUCUCCUCCGGAAACAUGCUGGUCAGCGGAUGCGGUGACAAGACACUCAAGAUUUGGGACGCCAACACGGGAUACUGCGUCAAGACGCUAAACGGCCACGCAGGCUGGGUUCGAGACGUCUGUCCGUCCCUCGACGGAAACUACCUCUUAUCUACGGGCGGCGAUCACACCGGAAGGCUAUGGGAACUCACAGUCGCGAACCCGGAAACAAAGGUCACGCUAAUAGGCCACGAGCACGUCGUCGGCUGCUGCGCGUUUGCCCCUCCCGCCGCAUACGAGCACCUGGCUGCUCUAGCAGGCCUCAAGAAGCCUCCGCCCGUGACUAGCACAGCAGAGUUCAUGGCGACUGGAUCGCGCGACAAGACGAUCAAGCUAUGGGACGCCAGAGGCAACUGCAUCAAGACCCUCGUCGGUCACGACAACUGGGUUUCGGGUGUCAUGUUCCACCCGGGAGGCAAGUACCUGCUCUCCGUGGCAGAUGACAAGUCGCUGAGAUGCUGGGACCUCAGCCAAGACGGCAAAUGCGUAAGGACGCUGUCGAGCGCCCACGAGCACUUUAUCUCUUCCCUCAGGUGGGCUCCGGCCAAGCCCAAAGACGGCCCCACGGGCAACGGCACGGCGCACAACGAAAGCGAGGCCGCGCCUAGGAGGGCAGCCGCCGCAGUAGAUGUAUCAGAGAUUCGCUGUGUCAUUGCGACGGGCAGCGUUGACAUGACGGUCAAAAUAUGGGCAAACUAAAGGAAGAUAGAAAGGAAGAAAAGGGGAGGGGAAAUGUAGCCCAAAAGUUUUGAAACUGCUCAUCGAGUCAUUAAAAAGGCGACGGGAGGAGCUUGAAAUGACGUCUUCGAAAUACACAACAAACAAACACAAAUACGCACAAAGAGGGGGUAAAGGGCGGUAGAGCGGAAGGGGAGGCGGACGGCUGAGAUACCGCACUUCUAUACGGAGCACUGUGUUAUAUAAUUGAUGAAGUUGGCUAGCUGAGCGUGAGACUGGUUUUUUUUUUUUAUCUAUUUAUUUAUUUAUUUGAAAUGAGUGGGCAUAGAGGAGGAAGAAGAGAAAGGGAGAAGAGAAAGUGUUGAUGAGCGUGUUGAGAUGGGGAGAAGAAGGGGAGAGAAAGUCCAUAGGAGUGAGAGGGGGGCUUAAGAAAAUGUAUUCAAGUUCAUUGCAAGCUACCUACUACUAUUUCAAGUAAUCUGUUAUAAUGCAGGUUUUUUCCUCCCCCUGUU